AUGACAUGGCCACUUUCUGGUUGGAUUUUUUCUUCUUCUUCUUCUUCCUCCAUGGAAGAAGAUCAGAAUAUCCAACUCUCUGAUUCUGAUGAACAUGAAACGGAUCUUAAAAAUGACGACGAUGAAUACCAGGCCGAUUCUUACCGAGAAGAUGCACAGAACAAUGAACAAAACGCCACCGUUUCGGACGAGACAGACGCUGCAGAUUUACAUCAAUCUAAAACCAACAGUUUUUCUCCGAUCGAAGAUCACAUUCCAACCGCCAUCGCUAUCCCUGCUAAUGCUACUAACAAUGUUGUCACCGUUGCCAUUCCGGCACGACGGAGAACCACUGUCUGGACCAAUGAAGAUGAAAUCAAGCUCUUGCGCGGUUUUCUUGAAUACACAUUGGAGAAUCGAAUCUCCGGUCACCGCCUCCAGCAACAAGACGCCGCCGCGUUCUAUCGUAAAAUAAAGCCGAAAAUUCAACUAUGUUGCGACAAAAAUCAAUUAAUCGAUAAGCUCCGGAGAUUGAAAAGGAAGUAUAAUAUCACUUCGAGCAAGAUCGAUUGCGGCGAGAAACCGGCCUUCAAAAGCGUCCACGAGCGAUUAACUUUCGACAUUUCGAGAAAAAUUUGGGGCAGAAAUUCGGGGAAAAAACAAACAUCGGCAGAGGAUAGCAUUCUAGACGAAGUGCUUGCGGACAUUAAUCCUAAUUUCACUGAAACAAAGGUGAAAACAGAAAACGUCGAAGACGAAUACGAAGAGCGAGACGAUCUUCAUCAAUCGAUAAAACGGCGUCGCACGGCGUUUCUCUCCGGCGAAGCGAGCAAUUCGAACGAGAUUCCGGUGAGGCCGAAUAGUAUACUUAACGAUAUCGGAAAAAUUUCAGGAUUGGUUGAGGAAGUGGCGAAGGGCUGCUUGACGCCGUUUUUCAAGGAGUUGAUGAGUAACGGAUGGCCGCCGGUUGGCCUGGCCAGAAGGAUAACGAAUUUGAGCGGAGGAGAGGAGGCGGAGGAGCGGUGGCGGAAGCAGCAUGCGAUGGAAAUGGAGGUUUAUUUGAAGAGAUUGGAAUUGGUACGGGAAGAAAUUAGGAUUGCAUUGAAGGAGUUGAGAUCAAAGGAAGAAGAGAGUGAAAAUAAGCUUCAGAAUGAUAAUUAA